AUGGACACACCAAUCCGCCUCACAGUCCUCAUAUCCGGCAACGGCAGCAACCUCCAGGCCGUCAUUGACGAGAUUGCCAAACCCACCGACUCAAAACUCACAAACACGCAAAUCGUCCGCGUCCUCUCCAACCGCAAAACCGCAUACGGCCUCGAACGAGCCGCCAAAGCCGGUAUCCCCACCACAUAUCACAAUCUCGUAAAAUACAAGAAGGCGCAUCCAGCAACGCCCGAGGGUGUACAAGCUUCGAGGGAAGAAUAUGAUGCGGAGUUGGCGCGGUUGGUGAUUGCAGAUAAACCAGAUCUAGUGGCUUGUUUGGGGKUUAUGCAUGUUUUGUCGACGAGGUUUUUGGUACCGUUGGAGGAGGCGGGCAUUAGGAUUGUGAACUUGCAUCCGGCACUGCCGGGGGCAUUUAAUGGGGUGGAUGCCAUUGAGCGCGCUCAUGCGGCCUGGCAAGAAGGAAGCAUCACCAAAACUGGGGUUAUGAUACAUAAUGUGAUUUCGGAAGUCGACAUGGGACAGCCUGUUCUGGUUAAGGAAAUUCCGUUUGUGAAAGGUGUUGAUGAGGAUUUGGAAAAGUUCAAGGAAAAGGUACAUGGAGUUGAAUGGGAGGCUGUGAUUGAAGGCCUACAGAUCACGAUUGGUGAAAUUAGGGCGAAGCGUUCUUCUUGA